CUGAAGAGGAAGGUGGGCCAAAGAAAAGUGGUCGGCGAGGAAGUCAGACCAGUCUGCCGUCUCCAGCUGCAGAGGACAGAGAAGGUGAACCAGUGAUGAAGAAGAAGAAGUCAGAGGAAAUGGAGGAAUCUGUGGAGGAAACCCAGUCUGAAGAGGAGGUGAAGAAAGACACCAGUGAGCAAGAACAAAGCGAGCAACAACCUGACAAAGACAGCGGUUGUUCCCCGUCAGUGAGCCAGUCAGAUGGACAAGAGGAGGUAAAAGAGGAGAGUUCCAGUGAGAAGAAACUGAAUGAUGAUGAGGAGGAGCAACAGCAAGAGGACCAAGAGACAACUCCAAAGAGACCUGCUCGGAGGGGACGGCCCUCAAAGGCAGCAGCACCCGCAGAUGAUUUAGAUAAAAAUGACAAAAAGCCAGAAGAAAAAGAAGGCGAGCAGAAUGAGGAAGAGGAAGAAGAUGACGGUGAGGAAGGAAAAGGACCUUUGCCCCGAGCUACCACGCGGUCAGCUUCUCGUCUGGAGGCUGAAAGAAACAAGCCAAGCAAACCCUCCACCCGGGCAAGUCGACAGAACGGUAAAGAGGAGACCGCAGCUGGCACGCGCGGGACGAGGGGCCAGGCAGCGGCGGCGAAGGGGGGCCGUAAACGGGAGGCCAGCCCUCCUGCGGUGCGAACGCGGGGAGGACAGAAAUCAGAGGAGCUCCCUUCCAAGAGAGCCAAACGCUAAAUUCUCUGAGAGUUCGCCCCAACAGUGUUUUUUUUAUUCACUCCAUAUUCAAGUGAGAACACCGCCGUUUUGUUGUCGAGGGUCAGAGAGUCUCUGCAGUCAAGUUAGCACAUAGAUCUGUUUCUGCUUCAUAGGCUGGAGAUAUUGAAAAGCUCUGGAUAGUAUUAUACACUUUCCUCUCGUGGUUGAGUCUAAACCUGAGGAUCUGUGCAGGAAUCCCUCAGAAUACCUUCUACUGCACUACGCCCAUAUGGUUUGGAUCAGACUUCAUCAUUCCUUCGUUUAUUUAGUAAUGCCCACUGAACCAGAGUGUUUCAGGCCAAUCAAAGGCCUAAUGUUGUAGUCGAGUCGUGCUUUGAGAUAAAGAGGGUGAAUUGAAAUGAGCUGUCAGUCAGUCAAGAAGCCUGAUUGUGUCUCGGUGUGUGCUGAGACUGUUGCACCUCCGCAGACGUCACUGUAACACAUCAAAUGUUAUCUGACUGGAUGUAAAUCUACACACUUGUACAUAGAAAUCCCAGUGAAGUGCCUUUCACUGUGAAUUUUUAUUAUUGAAUAUUCAUUCUGUGAAUGACAGGAGGAGUUUUCCUCCCCACUUUUUAAAGGUUUUUUUAACAAAAUACUUAAAAGUUAAGGGAAGUUUUGUAAUGCCUCUGUUAACACAGCAGAGUAGUAUUAGUCACUGACAGGGAAAACAUGAUAGUUUGUCUCUAUAAACUGAAUCUUCCUCAUGAUGUAUUUGCAACAAUGCCUGCUGCUGUUUACUGUAGUAAUGUUUUAUUAAAAUUGAGGUAAUGUAGUUAUUUGUAUUGCUUUACAGUAUAUCAGUUUAAUGGUGUUAGAUAUCUUCCAUCC